GCUGCCGCUGGAGGGUCGCCCCGCGCUGCCACACUGCUGCUGCUGCUGCUGCUGCUGCUGGUGUUGCUGCUGCGGCCCAGUGACAUUUGGUGCAGUGUUCCCGCCGUGACAGUGCCGGGCCAGCAGUGCCAGCGUGUGUGUGUGUGUGCGUGUGCGUGCCGUUGGGCGCGAGGUGACAGUGGUGACGGGGUGACAGUGUAACAGUGCGAGGCGCGGAGCGGCGGCCAGGACGGUCACGCUGACGGGGGCGCUGACGGCGGCGACGGUGUGACUCCCUCAGCCGGGCAGCAGAUGUUCCCUGCAGGAGGCGGCGGCGGCGGCGGCGGCGGCAUGGCGUGGGGGGCGGUAGUAGGAGUGUGGGCGGGGUGAGUGCGUCCGAGCCGUGACGCCCGCACCCGCCGCGCCCCCCAGCCAUGCCGGGGGGCAGGAGGGGGCUCGUUGCCCCCCAGAACACCUUCCUGGAGAACAUCAUUCGCAGGUCAUCCUCUCAACCUGACUCCAGUUUCCUCCUGGCAAACGCGCAGAUCGUCGACUACCCCAUCGUGUAUUGCAACGAGUCCUUCUGUAAGAUCGCCGGCUACAACAGGGCCGAGGUGAUGCAGAAGUCAUGCCGUUGCAGCUUCAUGUACGGGGAGCUCACGGACAAGGAGACCAUCUCGCGCAUAGAGCAGUGCCUCGAGAACCAACAGCAGGACCAGUUCGAGAUUCUGCUCUACAAGAAGAACCAUACUAAGAUGUUUUUUGGCCCAAGCAAGAGUCAAACAACGGACAGCGGAUUGCCAGGGACCCCACUAUGGCUUCUCCUCCACAUCGCCCCCAUCAAGAACGAGAAGGACAUCGUGGUGCUCUUCCUAUGCACCUUCAGAGACAUCACCGCCCUCAAGCAGCCCAUCGAAGCGGAGGACUCAAGAGCCUCGGACAGCACGGAGAGCUCUGGGGGAAGGCUGCCCACCAAAACGGGCCUCAGCAAGUUCGCCAAGCUGGCCCGCUCCGUCACCCGCAGCCGCUCGGUGCUGGUGACACAGUUCUCCUCGCACCUCCCCGCCAUGAAGGACGUGGCCAAGCAGUCCAACAUCACCCAUAUGAUGAGCCUGAACAGCGAUGUCAUGCCCCAGUACCGCCAGGAGGCACCGAAGACCCCGCCGCACAUCCUCCUCCACUACUGUGCCUUCAAGGCCAUCUGGGACUGGGUGAUCCUGUUCCUCACCUUCUACACGGCCAUCAUGGUGCCCUACAACGUGGCCUUCAAGUACAAGACCUCGGAGGACGUGUCGCUGCUGGUGGUGGACUCGAUCGUGGACGUGAUCUUCUUCAUCGAUAUCGUGCUCAACUUCCACACGACCUUCGUUGGGCCCGGCGGCGAGGUGGUGUCUGACCCUAAGAUAAUACGAAUGAACUAUCUCAAAUCGUGGUUUCUGAUAGACCUCUUGUCGUGCCUCCCUUACGAUGUUUUCAACGCCUUUGACCACGAUGAAGAUGGCAUCGGAUCCCUCUUCUCAGCCCUCAAGGUGGUUCGACUCCUAAGGUUAAGGCGAGUGGUGCGCAAGCUGGACCGCUACCUCAGUGCACGCCGCCAUGCUUGUGUUGCUCUUGUGUUUCUACAUGCUGGUGGCAUACUGGCUCACCUGCAUCUGGUAUAG